AUGGCAGAGCCCCCCACGAAAAGAGCAAGACGAGUCGAUAGCUCGACAAUGUGGGAUCUAGACGAACGGAAAACGCGUUCUCCUGAGCCGGACUCAGAUAUUGGCAGAAGCCCUCGGCGUGACGCACAUCAGAAAGAUGAUCGGCGGCGUGAGGGGCUCCGCGAUGACAGAAGAUAUCGUUCACGCUCAAGAGAUCGGGUUGAAAGGCGCAGAGAAAGGAGCAGGUCUCGAGAUCGGCGUGAUCGUGACCGUGACCGCGAUCGCGAUAGGACAGAUCGGGAUAGAGAUGGUCGGGGAGCAAGGGACGGAGAUAUAAGCGCGACCAGAGAAAGACAUUACGAUAGACGAGGAUAUCGAGACAGAUACCGCGACCGCUCCCGCUCACCUACUCGGAAUGGGAAUAGGGACAGGACUAGAACGCCACCCCCUCGAGGGCCCAAGGGAGAUCGCAGAGACGAUCGCAAAGAUAACCGUCCGUAUGGCAAUGGCGUCCCACAUUCACCGUCACGACGAGACAAGGACGAGAUGGAGUUGGACCCCGCAGUACCGGUCGAAGAAGAUGAAAUGGAGGCGCUGAUGCGCAAGAGCCUGGGUUUUACAAGGUUCAGGAGCACGAAGAAUACCAAAGUGCCUGGAAACAACGUCUACGGUGUGCGGAAAGAGAAGAAGACUGUGUACAGACAGUACAUGAACCGUGUAGGCGGAUUCAACAGGCCCCUCAGUCCUUAA